UUAAUAAAAAAUUCUGUUGAAUGUUUAUAUGAUAUUUAAGAAUUAUUUUUAUACGAUAAAAAAUGAAACAUUUACUCACGUAAACGCAUAUAAUUACAACUGUUUAUUUUGAACAUGGCUCAAAAAUGAAAGAAUAGUUUUUACUUUGAGUCGGAAAAACCGAAAACGGGUCAUCAUCACCCAUCGGCUUAUUGAAAAGAAGAAAAUGUAUUGUACGUAUAUAUAUGUAGCACUCAUAUUUAAAUACUCGUUUUUCUACAAUUCGAUUAUAACGGAUUUCUUCAUAUACAGUAGAAAUCACUACAACGAGCACCGCUUAGAACGAGAUAUUAUUUAAAACGAGAAAAACACUAGGUCCCGACAUAAGCCCAUAUGGUUGUAUGUUAAAAUAUACGUUUACAACGAGUAUGAUUAUAACGAGAUAUCGACUAUAACGAAUAAAAUAAAACGAACUUGACUAACGACCUUCCAGUUAUUAAAAACAGGGACCUGCAACACAAGAACUUUUGGCCAUAAUUAAUUGACAUUAUAAUGAUAAUCAUUGACAUAUUAUCUUUAGAUCUUUAGUUGUGUAGAUAAUAGAUAUGGAUAAGGUACUUAUUAAUAAUCCAUAUGAUUUCUACAAAUUCUGGUGUUCUCAAUAAAAAUUACAAAUAGCGUCAGUUGUGUGAAGACUUUCACCAUGUCACAUCGUCAAUUUAUGUUGGACGAAAAAAUAGGUAUAAUCGGUCGUUUAAAAAAUGGUGAGAAAAACAGCAUAAUCGCAAAAGAAUUUGGCACCUCUUGGUCGAUGAUUUCAACAAUAUGCAAGAAUCUGGAUACGUUGAAAAAUAUGUUUCAAACCAUGUCACUUAAAACAAAACGACUGCGCAUUACACAGUAUAAGGACCGCGAAGAAGCUGUAAUAAUAAGGUUUAAACAACAACGGUGCACAAAUGUGCCUAUAAGUGGUCCUAUUUUACAAACAAAAACUGACCAACUGGCUGAAAUAAUGAAAAUAGAAAAUUUCAAAUGCUCUGCAUCUUGGAUUCAGCGUUUCCGACAGCGGCACAACAUUGUUUUUGGCAAGAUCUCAGGUGAGUCAUCUGCAGUUAAAACUGAAAUGUGAUCUAAUUGGCUGGCUAAGGUUUGGCCAUUCCUUCGAACAGGUUACUGUGAUGAUGAAAUCUAUAAUGCCGAUGAAGCAGGCCUUUUUCAAAUUAACUCCCGAUAAAACUCUUCGCUUCAAGGAGGAAAAAUGCUCGGAUGGAAAAUUAUCCAAAGACAGAAUAAGUUUUAGUGGCAGCCAAUAUG